AUGACGUCUAAAGAACAAGAUUUUGACAAAAAGUUGUAUGAAUUGCUUGAAAGAAAACCACCUGGAAUAAGUGCUUCCAAAAUAAAAGACUUGACGAGAAUAGCAAUGACUAGUCCAAAGAAAUUCAUUCAAAGAUGUUCGGCCGAUUACAAGUUAGGAGCAUUAUAUGUAUUGGAUUCAAUAUCACAAGCGGCACAGAGACAAAAGACAUUGGUUGCUGAAAAAGACAACGAUGGUUCCGCUUGGUCAGGUGCUGAAUAUCUUGAAAGGUUUGAGAAAAUAUUAGAAGAUAUGUUUUUACACAUCAUGCAAUGUCCAGAACACGACAAGGACAAAGUGAAACGUGUUCUUGACAUAUGGCUUACCAAAGAUGUCAUAUAUGACAAGGAAUUAAUUCGAAAAAUAAAAGAUACCUAUUUUUCUCAAAGAACUGUGACAAAUCCUUUAGAAAACAAUUUGCAUGAGUCUCAAUCGAUAACGACACCAGUAUCACAUGGAGGUGAUCCACGAAUGGUUUCUGUGCCAACUUUGGAUUCUUCAGCUUUAUUAGCUACACUAAACAAUUUAACUCAAGGAACUUUGAAUAUACCACCAUUUUUGUCAGCAAAUCCAAUAACUGCUGCUACAACGCAACCUAUUAAUACUUCCAUCGCUUUUAAUAAUGUUGCUACUAACGCGCACACUGUUCCUCCACAGUUCCCUAAUAUUACACAACCUUCUGUUUCUGCGAAUAAUGCAUCGUCAAUGCCUCAACAACUCAAUCAGGAUCAAAACCAAAAUAUGACCAAUCAAUAUUUUCAACCAUCUCAAGGAAAUUCUUCACAGUCGCCAAUUCCUACUACUAAUAACGCUAUGGCACCAUUUCCGUUCCCACAGCAACCUUGGGCGGGGCCUGCGCAGCAACAACCACCGCCACCACCACCCGGAAACAUACCACCCCCUCAAAGUCAAUAUCAACAACCACCACCAUUUCCUACUCAACCAUGGAAUGGUCAGCAAGGACUUCUUCCUCCUCCAUCAUGGAAUCCUAUUCCUCCACAACAACAUGCACCACCUGAACAUUUUCCGAACAACCCGGCACCUCAGGGAUACCCAAUACCUCCUCCAGGUCACCCAUUACCUCCUCCGGGUCAUCCGUUACCACCUCCGGGACAUUCCAUGCCUCCACCUCCAGGACAUCUUUUACAUCAAGGUCCUCCGGGUCCACCACCAGCUGGUCUUCCUAUUCAACAUCAAGGUCCUCCACCCGGUCACAUGUUACAAGGUCCUCCUGGACCACUGCAUCAAGGUCCACCCGGACCAAAUCCUCAAGGACCACCUGGACAUAUGGAACUUCCUAUUGGAAUGCCACAAGAUGAUUGUAUAGCAUACGCAGACCCAAGUGUUGGAAGAGAUUUUAUUAAAGGUGCUUCUAGAGCACUUCAUGGUCUUAAAGCGCAAGUAAGCCAGAAGGGUAAACAAAAUUGCAAGAUUACGGUGGUAGGUUUCGGGCCUAAAAAUUGCUUUGAUUUUGAUUCUGGGGAAUCUUUAAUUCCUCUUAACAGACUUACAGAAACAGAUCGUAAAUGGUUAUUUACUAGUGAGAAAGGUGGUACUGGUGGAAGGGAUAUAGUUGGUGGAAUUGUAGUUGAGGAACCGGACAUUGUAAUUGGUGAAGGAUUUUCUAGUGGUUCAGGGAAUAAAAAAUUAGGACCUCAACAUGAAAGUUCGCGUAAAGAAAGGCGUAGAGGACAUGAUAAAGGUGAUCGAUCAUCUAAUUCAUCUGAUUCUAGAAAAUAUUCGGAUGCAUCCUGGGAAGGUUCAUCUCCAAGACGUCAUACAUCGAAUGAUUCACCUUUUCAGGGAACAGCAUCUCCUCCAUCACAAGAACACUUACCUACGCAACAACGCUCACGUUCGUUUUCUCCAGGUUUAUCACCACGAUCACCUGAUCAUCUACCACAAUCAGAAUUCGGUAGUUCACAAGAACAACAUUUCCAGCAAAGGAGAGAACAAACUCCACAAACUUCUCAUAAAAGGGAUUAUUUUAGUUCUCAUGGAGAUACACCAGCUCGCGAAGGUAAAAAAAGUCGAUGGGAUAAAUGA